CCCCGUAUAGAAACAGUAGAAAAUGGCGAGUUCGGGCUUGAAUCGGUUAUGCACUAAUGAAGGGUUUAUUAUUCAGCAGGACGCGGAUUCCUGGCGGUCUCAACUCAUUCACAUUGUGGGUCUUGACAAUAUCUUGGAAGUGUUUUUUGGGACACAAGUUCUAGAGGAACUCAGGCUUUUAAAAGAUUGUAAGCCUGCAACUGUGUCAAAUUGGUCAUUUGAUGAAAGUUGUCUUUUCUGCUGCUUAAGACGAGAAAAAGUGAAGGAACAUGUAGUUGCACUCAUCAAACAAAUAGUGGAAAGUGGAGGUAAACCUUUACUAGGUAAAGAUCCUUCUAAUAUCAGCAGACUCGAGUGGCAGUCAGAAGAGUUCCUGGAUGCAGUGCUACACAGGAGAGAAUACACUCCAAGGAUUCCGGAUCCACACAUCCCUGUGGUGGCUUGUAAUAUUGUGCAGCAAAUGAUUAAUCAGUUAGCCACAUAUUAUACCUCAAGAAACAACUGCUCUCAGGACUUCCUUCAAAACAAUGGAAAAAUGGACCAAAGCCUUCUGAAAGCAAGCUGUGUCACAUCAACUAGUGUUGUCGAGACAGCUACCACUGCUUCUCCUCAGAGCUUCGUCAUUAACAAGUUCAUCAUGGUGGACCAGGAUGCCCCGCUGGACCUGUCACUGAAGGUCAAAGUAGAGAACUUGGAACAAGAUGGAGUUCUUGACCUUUCAACUAAGAAGUAUUUCAACAAAGGACAUGCGUCAUCUUUCAGUAAUUCUCAUGGCCAUGUCAGUCCUGUUGCGCAUUUGGUCAAAAGGGACCCUGAUGAUGUGAGCCUUGCCCGAGUAAAUCUACAGUCGGCCUCCACUUUAGAACAGUUCAUGUCUAAGCUGUGUUUGCAUCACCAGUGCCAAAUAGUUGAUGCAUUGGGGUUCUUGCAGACUGAAGUCAAUAGUGUGGCCAGUCUUGACUCCAGCAAUUUUCAAGCACUUCCAUCUGCUCCAGCUUUGUCAGAGGAGCAAACAACAACCACCUGUAGUCGCGUAUUGUUUGAAGCAAGGUCUGAGAGAACGUGCUGUAUGGACGAUGCUGUGGGCAUUACUAGAACUCAAGAAUCCUCUGUUGUCAGGUCAAGUGAAGAGGAUACUGGAGAGGUUUUGAAUGCUAGUGCUUCCAGUAUUGCACCUGUAACGACCGAAAAGCCAGAAGACAUUCACAACUUGGGUGUUGGGGUUUUGUCUUCUUCUAGAACAGCUUUUGAGGGUGGAAAUGUAAGUACUCCUCCUAAAUUUCAAAGUAUUUUCAUCAUGAAAAAGACCACGUCUGAUCAUAUAGGACCAAAAAAGUUGUUUGGCUCAAACCUUCAACAUGUUGGUACUGACACUGUAAAGGAGUGCCCAUGCACUGCUGGGAGAUGCUUACCAACGUGUACUGCAGAGUCUGAUCAGGCUGGUCUCUCUUUAAAGUGUGCACAGAAUUGUUCGUUAUUACAAAACAUGGAUGUUGUUUUAAAGCCCCCCACAAUUCAAAGGACAUCUACUGUAGCUUUACCAAUAUCUCCAAGAACAGCCAGGAAAAGCAGAAAGGGUUUCUGCCUUCGGCAAAGGAAUACCGCUUCAAGUUAUAUCCUAAAUGAGCCUGAUUGUGACUUGGUGUACAUUAGAAAAUCAAUAACUGAAUGUCAGCCUCAAUCACACAAUCGACUGCAUCCACGACAAAAUGCCCGGAAGAGCACAAGGGGUCAUAAGUACAUUGAGGAGUACUUGGAACUAAAAACUGUCCGUACGUUAGCUUUUAAGUCUGUCAGUGUUGCCAGUGGGAAUUGUCCAGCUCUUGUGCAAGUUGUGCAUACUUCAGACACUCCAAAGCAGUCCCUCUCCAAGCCUGACAGUGUUCCUCUAAUGAAUGCACCGAUAGCAGGGGAUUGCAUGAAAAAUGUUAUUCAGAGUCUAUCAUCAGAGCAGAUACCGGAGAAUGAAAUGCCAGGAGAUGUAAAUGUAACCAGUCAAGGUCUCAUGGUUGAAAUGACUCAGACUAGUCAAAUUGAAAGGAAUGAAAUCAACCAUCAACUUGAAUUUAAACAGAGUGAAUUAACCAUGAAACAAGAUUUGAUCACAGAUGCGCUCAGUUGUGCUUUAAAUACAAAUGUGAAUGAAAAACCUAAGGAAAUGGUAGAAGUCAUAGAAACCACUGAAACAACAGAACUUGUAGAGAAGGAAGGGACUGGUUCUCAGAUUGGACACUUGUCGAAAGAGUUGGCAUGUGGUUUAGGAAAUAAGGCUAAGUGUCAGGAUAAAUACAUUGAGCCUUCACGGAGUCACUCUGUAUCACCUAAUGUAGCCGAAGAUGAUUUAACCUUUAAAUUCAAUGUGGAACCAACAAAUUAUUUGAAUCAAAACCUCUCAAAAGGAAAGAUUGUGCUAGAUAUACAGGAACAAUCAGAGGCAAUUGAAAUUAAGGCAAAUGCUGAGGAGGAUGGAGGUGCUCAAGAGCAAGUUUUGCAUGAUAUUGAGGACAAUAACGGUGCUCAAGAGCAAGUUUUGCAUGAUGUUGAAAUUGAUCUCAAAACGGCAAAUACUUACAAACUACCAAUGACGAGUCAAGGGGAUUCAGAGGAGUCCAGUUUGAUGGAAGUCACUGCUGCACAACCACUUUUAAAAUGUAUUGAGAUGGAUAUGGCUACGCAUACUCAAAAAGAUUUGGAUGCAAAAAUGGUGCUUGCGAAACCGUUGUCUUCCGACAGAUGCUUGCGUAGUAGAGGUUCAAAAGGCAGUGUUGCUUUAGUAAAAGACUAUGUUAAGUGUAGUGCAUCAGAACUUGUUAACUCAAAGAUGACACAAUCCAAUGAUGAAAGCACCAAGACUCCUUUGGUUAAACAGCCUCUGAAUUCCAUUGAAACAAAUGUGCAUUUUGAGGUUGAGCAUGAUUUUAAAACUUUAGAAUUUAUUGAAACGGGAGCCAAACCUAGUAAUAGACUAGUUGCGGAUCAUACAGUUAAAACGACACAAAAACAAAAAUCAAGAUCAGUUAAUGAGAAAGAGGAGCAUCAGAGUCUAAACCUCAAAAUUAACAAUGAUGACAAAGUAACAAUUAUAUCAUCUGAGGUUAUUCCAGAGACUGUUAGCAUCACCUCCACUAUCGAGAGUGGACAAUUGCCCAAACUCUCUGAAAUCUCUGACAAAAUAAAUCUUAGAAGCAGUCAUAAUGAACUUUCUGUUAGUAGAGACGACGACUCGCCCAUCAAAAAGAUUCCACCAAGCUCUGAAAAUAUGCUGUUGAGAAGUAGAAGUAAUAUUGAACAACCUUGUAGCGAAUCAAGCAAUCCGACCCCAGGAGGUCAUCCAGAGAACCAAGGGCAUAUGCCUUUAAAAAAUAAUAUCUGUACAAGUGAACAGGCAACCAACAACGAUUUGUGCACAUCUCCUAAAGAAAAUACUUCUGAGAGCGUGAUGCAUAUGCCAUUAAGAAAUCGGACUAGUAGCACAAUUAAACAGACUGUUACUAGAGAUUCCCCUGUUCAAAGUUCUAUAAAAAGUUCCAAUUCCAAUUCAAGUGUCUUCAGUGAACAACCUAUCAGUUCACACUCCAAUACUACCUGUAGAAAAACAGAGACUGUAUGUCACAUGCCCUUGAGAAGUGGUUCCAAUUCAACUGCAGAAAUGCCCCCUAAAAGGAAAUCUGCUGUUGUAGAUGCAUUAGAAAGCCCUGGGCGCAUGUUUUUGAGAAGAGGCAACGUAUCUGUCACUGAAAAGACUUGCCACUCUGCAACACCAUCUAGUAAUUAUAAACGUCCUCCAAGACAACAGAGAGUGUUGGCAGCCCAAAUCCAAACUCAAAAUAAUAUGGAGGCCCAAAUAAGAGACUCUUUAAAUUUGUCAGUUGAAUCGCUCUGCGUAGCUAGUCUUCCACGAACUGAACCUGUUGUUUGUAGUCCCCCCAAGAUUUUGGAAGCUCUAAAGGGAGAACAACACCAUCUGUUAAUUUCCAAUUUAAAUGCAAAGUUUGAUAAAAUGCAGAAAAGUUGGGUUCAGAUGGACAAGGAGGGCCAACCUGCACCAAAACACAAAAACAAAGCAGACAGACUUAAAGAAAUCUGGAAAAGCAAACGCAGAAUACGAAAGUCAAGACCAUCUGAGCAACAGAAAUUCUCUCCUGUGCAAAUGCUAUUCAUGAAGCCCUUUGACUUGCCCAGUAUAUGCAGAUGGUUCUUGCAAUCAACUGAAACAAAAUCACUUGUCAUUGUUAAGAAGGUGAACACUAGACUACCUUCUGAAACACAGUUGUGUUUUCAGUCAGCAAGAACAGGGUCCUCUAAUGGAAUAUUUCCAAGUCUGCAGGCUGAACGGUUAAAAAAGCAUCUGAAAAAGUUUGCUAUUUUAUCACCUGUAAAAAAUAACCCUAAGAAUCAAAUGCUAAUAUCAAAAGCUUUAGGUCGAGAUAUCACUGUGAUGAGUAAAGAAAAACAUAAACCAACUACUGCCACAAGAAUCUCUACAAAGGCACAGAGUAUUGCAGGAGUGACGACAACACAGGCUCCUGAGAGCCUUGGCACAGUCACGGGCAAUGUAAAAAAUCCAGCAAGUGCUAGAAUUCUUAGAAAAUAUUCUAACAUGCGUGAGAAGCUUCAGGUUCAGCAAAGUAAAAAAUGCAAAGAAAAAACAUUUAAAGGCACUCAUUUUAAAACAUCAAUAAUUCAAAAGAAAGCCACCAAACGGAAAUUGCCGACACGUAAAGGAGCAAAGUCUGCGAUUGUCCAGAACUUCAAGUCCUUGACCAAAAAGGCAAAAACAAACUCCUCUACACUUGAACGGCCUCCUAAAAGAAACCCAGGUCACAAAGAUGGUACCUUACCAAAAAGGUUGCAGGCACUUGCGAAAGUGACGAAAGCCAAGAAUGAACAUGCCUCAACAAAUGCUUCAAGUAAAAAAGAGGCAUUGACCAAAUCUGGAACUGAUAAGGCAAAGCCAGCAAAAUCUAGUGGGACUAAGGUUGAUGUAAAGAAAUCAUUCUUCAAUAAAGGCCCUAUUAGUUUGGAACCACAAUCACUAGGUCUGUCACUGGAAGAUCAAGUGUUAACUAGGUCACAAAGAAAGAUGGAAGCCCUACCUUCACACUCUGAGGCCACAAAAUCCUCCAAAAAGCGAUCCUUGGAACCAUUGGUCACUCCAAAAAAACGAACAAGGACUUCAAAAUCAUGAAACAUGUACACAGGUUCUAGAUUAUCAUGACGUGUGUGUGUGUGUGUGUGUGUGUGUGUGUGUGUGUGUGUGUGUGUGUGUGUGUGUGUGUGUGUGUGUGUGUGUGUGUGUGUGUGUGUGUGUGUGUGUGUGUGUGUGUGUGUGUGUGUGUGUGGAAAUGUUUCUUGAAGAUGUACUGGAGAACAAGGGGUGAUUAUGCUUUUCCAAACUGUUACUCUUUUUUUUUUUUUUUAAAGGACAAAUUAUAUUUGAAGAUUUAUUUAUUUUUUUAAGCUUACGUGAGCAUUUUCAGAGCUUUGAAUAUAUUAUGAACUGAGAGAGAUUGGUCUGUUAGCUAGUUUUGUCAAAUACAUUUUCCAGUUAUUCCUCUUUUUUUGUCAAUCUUUUCAAAUAUGCUCUAAGAAAUAUAUUUGGUUAUUAUAAAAAUGAUCUAGCUGUGGUUCUUUUUGUUUUUUGAUGAACCAAUUCAUGUAAUAAAAGAUUUAAAAAAUAAAGAUUGAUUCCCAUUGAUGGGGCAUAAAUAUGGUAUAAAUAAUCAUAGAUGUCAUUUAUGGAUCGGACAGGUAAAUGGCCCUACCACUUUCUGCCUUUGCCAUUUUUUUUUCCACUUUUUAAAUUUUCAUCAAGUGUCUAAUGCAGAAGAAACAUUGCCAGUUCUUGAGCAGGAGAUUCCAUUACAUUUGUGUGUGUUAUGAGUGGCAAUCCAGCACUGGAAUGUGGUAUUCUGAAUGAUAUGAUGAGUGCUCGUUGUGGCUGUAAUAAGUUAGGUUGAGUGACCAGUAGGGCUGGGCUUGUGGUGGUGUUGUUUGGCAAUCCAGUUUAUGGUGCACCUAUUGAGCUGGACUGUGGAGCAUCACAAAGUGGAGCAUGACAAAGAUGAUGAAAUUGGCAAAAUUUAAUCGAAAAGAGAUCGCACAAAUUAUGUUGGAUUAAAGCCAAAACGGAGUAUACUUGAACCUGUUGAUACAAAAUUCCCCCCAACACGGUAGUGAUGUCACUCCGCUUACAUUUUAAUAUAUAAUUUACCAUCUAUAAAUGCAAUGAAUGUCAACAAAUUAUACAUCUUUUCAAAGGUCUAAGGGUUCAACAUUGAUAUCUGAUCUGAUUCACGAUAGCAAUGCUCCAGAAACAAUUUAGUUAUUUGUGCCAGGAGUACAAAUUAAAACAUCCAGUAUCAAAACGGGACUUCAUACCUUUAUUAUGAAAACGUGAUCACCAGAUGAAUCCAGUUCUACACUUUGGGUCAAUUGUCCAUGACAAGCGUUCAUUGAAAAACGUCCAAUAGCACUUUUUGUCCAUAAAAGUGAUACAUUUGAGAAGCAUUGAUAUAUUCUAUGUUGUUUACAUGAGAUCUCGCCUGAAAGAAUUACCCUUCGUCAUCGUUCUUCAACAAACUGCAAUCUGAGCAGCAUUCAUAUUGAAAAACUGUAUAUUAUCUUAUAUAUUAGAGUCCCAUAAACAAAAUGAGCCUGUCUUCAAAAUCUAUUUUUAAAAAUGGGGCGUAGUUUUAUUCAUAAUAGCGAAGCAGCGCAGUCAGAUUUUGUGUCGUCUUGAAAUGCGGAGCCUUAAUUUUACUCUGUACACCGGCAGCGAUUUUUCAGAGAAAAAAGCUUGCAGGAACCUCAUUUUAUGUUAGAUCAUCUUCAAAUUUGAAACGUAACUUCUUUAGACUUGUGACUUUGAGAACAUUCUAUUUCUGGGUUGUCUUGGUACUUUUAUUGUUUUUUUUAGAUUAUAAAAACAUGUUCAGCAUAAAAUAUUUCCAUUACUAUAAACUUCAGCUUCUCUAAUUUCAAAAAAUAACAACAUAUAUGAAUUCUGAAUUCUUUGGGAAAUAAACCCCAAAGUGUCUUCUUUCAAAAGAUACUACAACUGUGUCCAUACUCCAAAGGGUCCCAUAAAUACAACCAUUUAAGUUCAGGUAUGUCAUUUUCAUGGCUUGUGCUCAAAAAUGGGAUGUGUAUCAACAGGUUAAAGGUAGCUUUACCUCUGGAGUUAACUUGUAAAUGUUGUUAACAUUAACACAAGAGGUCUAACAAAUAUGUUGUAUGCAUCUGAUCUCCCAUUAAUGGUAUGAAAUGUAUAUAGUGAUAAAAUAUUGAUUUCGAAUGAUAUGAAUAAAAAUAGCAUGAUAAUAUAUACCACCCAGCCCCAGCAGGUGACCGUGGCAAUGUUCUCUCUUGCAAACAGAUGUGCAAGUUUUCUAGAAUGUUCCACUGCUCGUGCUCUUGUCCAGUUAAAUCGCAAAGCAAAAUGCAAAUAAAAUGUGUCCUGAUUCAUGAUGGUCAAGUCAUUUUUAUUUGUAUAGCGUCUUUCACAAUACAUAAUUUCAAAGCAGUUUUACAGAAGAUAAAAAUGUAAUCUCUAUAAUGUCCAUGAGUCAUCAUUGUGUAGUUUGAUAAAAUAUGAUUGUGAAUUGUUUUUAAAAAUAUGUAAUUAAAUAAUAAUUGAAUUUAUAACCCCAGUGCGCAAGCCAAAGGUGAUUGUGGCAAAGAACACAAAACUCCAUAAGAUGUUGAUUAAUGGAGAAAAAUAACCUUGGGAGAAA